AUGCUGCCUCCAUCGCAGCGUUGUCGCGAUCAGACGACGAAACCUCCAACCGGUCCUUUCAAAAGAGAUCAUCUUUUGAAGUAUCUAGAAGAGAAGGCAAAAAACGAAAAGGACUGGGAAGAUGUGGUGCCCUUUUCACUAGGGACAAAACGCGGCAAAGUAUGGGAAGGUGAUAGUGGUCGUGAAUCUGCUGAAGAUGGCACAACAUCAGAAGAACAUCCAGCGUCCAGAAUUGCUCGGAUGGAGAUGCCGAUCGAACUUGAUCUAGAUGAUGACGAUGAUCUUGAUGAAGCAUUGGACGGCGCACCUGAACGAGAUCUCGUAGAUCUUGCCGGAAUCCUUGGUAUGCACAAUAUUCUGAACCAGCCGCAGUACUAUAAUGCCUUGAAAGGAAAGCAACAAGAUGACGGUACGGGUACGACGUUCACUAGUAUCAUCCGAGCAUAUGAGCCAAAGCAAACCCCGGAUGAGCCCGAUAAUGACACCGAUGUUGAAGAAUGCAUCAAGUGA